AGACCCCUCUAGAAAAGCAGCCAGGUGGUGGCUGAGGGCUCAGCCAUUCCCUCCUCUGGGGCCAUUCUGGGGGGUGUUGGGAGAACUUCCUUGGAAGGCUUUCUCCUCCCCCUUUGGGAUUCCCGGCCGCGCUUUCCUGCCCAAGGGGGGAGCGGGGUGGCCACAAGAAGAGCGCAGCGGCUGAGCUCUCUCCUCUUCCCAGCUGAGCCGGAGGGGAGGGGCGGGGGCUGGUCGUGUGAGUUCAGGCGGGUCGGGUUAGUGCUGGAAACUCCAGGUCCCGGCGGCUGCUGAGCCCAGAGCCAGAGGGAGCGCGAGAGGCUCCUGCGCUACCUCCCCCGCACCAUGGAAGUGCAGUAAGGGAGCUCAGGGCGCCGGGAGCAAACUUCGUUGCUACAGGCUCGGAAAGUUUCCUAUGUGACCCGCUUCUGUGCCAACAUGAAAGACGACUUUGCAGAAGAGGAGGAGGUGCAGUCCUUCGGUUACAAGAGAUUUGGUAUUCAGGAGGGGACUCAAUGUACCAAAUGUAAAAAUAACUGGGCACUGAAGUUCUCCAUCAUAUUACUAUAUAUUUUGUGUGCCUUGCUAACAAUAACAGUAGCCAUUCUGGGAUACAAAGUUGUAGAAAAAAUGGACAACGUUACAGGUGGCAUGGAGACAUCCCACAGAAGAUACACUGAGAAACUCACAGAAGUGGAGAGUGGUCUGAAGAAAUUAGAUGACCAAACUGGACAAAAAGAUAUGAGCACUAACAAAGAACUUUCUAGCUUCAGAUCUGACAUUCUGGCUCUUCGCCAGCAGCUUCAGGAGAUUGCAGAGAAAACCACCAAAAACAAGGAUACACUGGAGAAGCUACAAGAUUCUGGAAAUGUAUUAGAUGACAGGCAGAGCCAAAUGAAAGGUGUCUUGGAUAGCAACUCUUUCAUGAUCAUCAGCGUCAAUAAAACUCUCCAAGCAUACACUGGCUAUAUCAACAAUCUCCAACAAGACACAAGUAAUAUCCAAACAAAUUUGCAAAGCCAAAUGCAUUCUCAUAAUGUGGUCAUCAUGAAUCUAAACAACUUAAAUCUGACACAAGUUCAACAAAGAAAUCUUAUCAGUGUUUUGCAGAGGUCUGUGGAUGAUACAAGUCAGGCUAUCCAAAGAAUCAAGAAUGACUUUCAAAAUCUGCAACAGGUUGUCCUUCAAGCACGAAAGGACACUGAUUGGCUUAAGGAGAAAGUGCAAAAUUUACAGAUGUUAGCAGUCAACAACUCAGCAUUGGCCAAAGCUAAUAAUGAUACACUUGAAGACAUGAACAGUCAACUUAGCUCAUUCAGUGGGCAAAUGGAGAACAUCACCACAGUUGCACAAGCCAAUGAACAAAAUCUUAAGGAUCUGCAGGAGCAUCAUAAAGAUUAUGAGAACAGAACUUCUGCCAAGUUUAACCAGCUAGAAGAGCGCUUUCAGCUCUUUGAGACAGAUAUAGUCAAUAUCAUUAGCAACAUCAGCUAUACUGCGCAUCAUCUGCGGACACUGACUAGCAAUCUCAAUGAGGUCAGGACAACUUGUACAGACACCUUAAGUAGACACACAGAUGACCUGACUUUUAUGAACAACACGCUAGCCAAUAUUCGUUUAGAUUCUACAUCUCUCAGGAUGCAACAGGAUGUGAUGAGAUCAAGAUUAGAUAUUGAAGUUGCAAAUUUAUCACUAAUUAUGGAAGAAAUGAAGCUGGUAGAUUCCAAACAUGGUCAGCUCAUCAAGAACUUCACAAUACUGCAAGGCCCUCCAGGUCCAAGGGGACCUAAAGGUGAGAGGGGACCCCAAGGGCCUUUUGGUCUCACUGGCCUAAAAGGGCAAAAAGGAGAAAAAGGUGAGCCAGGGCCACCAGGACCUGCCGGUGAAAAGGGCCCAGUUGGGCCAGUCGGGCCACCAGGAGAAAAAGGUGGUAAAGGUUCAAGAGGAUCACCUGGCUCCAAAGGUCAGAGAGGUUCUACUGGCAAGACUGGUUUGCCAGGACCUAAUGGAGACCCUGGACCACCAGGACCACCUGGCAAAGAUGGUCCUCCGGGUCCACCAGGUCCACCUGGAUUUCAAGGAUUGCAAGGAACUGUUGGAGAGCCUGGGGUACCUGGACCUCGAGGAUUGCCUGGUCUGCCUGGCAUACCAGGGAUGCCUGGGCCACCUGGGCCGCCUGGGCCGCCUGGGCCACCAGGUCCAGGGAUGCCUAUGGCCCUGAAAAGUGAGCCAACAUCAAUACCUGAGGCUAAUGGUUGUUCUGCUCACUGGAAGAACUUUACAGAAAAAUGCUACUACUUUUCAUCUGAAAGAGAAAUUUUUGAAGAUGCAAAAGUUUUCUGUGACGAGAAGUCCUCACAUCUGGUUUUCAUAAACAACAAAGAGGAGCAGCAAUGGAUAAAAAGACAGAUUGCUGGGAAAGGCAACUUCUGGAUUGGGCUCACAGAUUCAGAGCAAGAGAAUGCGUGGAGAUGGCUGGAUGGAACCUUACCAGAGUACACAAACUGGAAAAGUGGGCAGCCUGAUAACUGGAGUACUGGGCAAGGGCCAGGGGAAGAUUGUGCUGGAUUAAUCUCUGCUGGGCUCUGGAAUGACUUUCAAUGUGAAGAUGUUAACAGUUUUAUUUGUGAAAAAGACAUGGACAAAGCCUAGGCACCUGGAUUGUAAUAGGCUGUGAAUUUACAGACACAAAUACAAAUUACUAAAAAAUCCCAUGGGACUUCAUCAUCUCCUAACAAAAUUGAAAAGGAAGCACUGAAAACUGGUUUAAUGCAAAAAAAAAAAAAAAAAAAAGAAUUCAGCCACAACUCGUCUUUGCCAUCUUGUGAUUAUUCAAGGAUUCUGGACCCACAGCACAAUGCAUUUAUUGGAAAUGCAAUUGGACUGAAUCAGUGACAUAUUUUUGUCAACCAGUGACCAUACAAGUGUACAAGUUUUGUCUUAAAACACAUGAAAUAUAGCAGUCUGAGUAAGACUCUUGGUCAUUGAGCUAUAGGAAAUACGUAUAAAGCUACAGUGUAAACAGUACAUUUCAUUUGCUAAAAUCCCAAAUAUAGGAAAAUUAUUCAGAUACACACAUAUAGUAUAUAGAUUUUAUAUAAAUAUAUAUAUAGUCAAGUUCUUAUCGAUAAUAUGGAAUAUACUUUUAAGAGCUUUUAAAACUUUGUAUUUUUGUACAAAAUAUUUGCUUUUUACAUUUGUUCUUUUUUAUUGUCUUUUUUUUUUUAACAAAUAUAGUACACAGGGGCCAAAGAAAACAGUAAGGGUACUAAUAAUAAUUCAGGCUGUUGUCAGACUUAGCUCUGCUCAGCUAUAGAAAAAUAUUUUCCAAUUUAAAAAAAAAUGUUUUUUCCCAGAUGAACCACUCUGGUUAAAUAACUUUGAAGCUGAUUUUAGAUAGUAUUUUUAUGCAAGUCUACUCUGAGGUGAGUAACCGCUAAAUAGAUCAGGGACUAGAUAUUCAUGAUAGCCAUAAUCACAGUGAACCAUCAAUGCACUGCUGUACUAUAGGGGUCAUGUUAACACAAGACACUGUGAUGUCUGCCUUACUUCCCUCCCUCCCUCCCUGUCUACAGAAAAAUAUCACAGAAUUAAGUCACUAGAUUUUUUUUAAUGUUUUAAUUAUUUCUCUAUUAAAAAGCAGUUUUUAGGAGCUCUGCCAUAACAAGUGCUGCUUACUACUGAAAGUCAAACUAGGAAGACAUUAAAAGACAUUUAUAAAACAGAAACAAAAAAUUUGAGCAUACUGAAAUGUGGUGGGGGGUUUUAGGCUGGAUUUCAAAAUGUGGUAAUAAAACAUGAUGUAUUCUAAAAGGUCAAGUCAACCUGCAUUUCUCUAAAAUGUUUUAAUGUAAAUUAAUCUUGUGACUUCCUUGGCCCAAUCCUCCCCUGCCAAAAAAACUAGUAAAAUUAAGUAUGCUACCACCAGAAUUUAGUAUGGUUAAUGGAUGAUAUCACUGUCCAACCCUCUUCCUUCAUAUCCCUAAAGAGCUGUUGCCUAGACAACAGCAACACUGCCUAUCUUAAAAAAAAUAAAUAAAUAAACA